AUGGCACCUCCUACUGUUCGACUUCCCAAGAGUCUGCUUGGCCGCCACCGGCUGCUCGCCCCGACUGCAGGGGUCUUUGUAAGCCCGAUAUGUCUGGGGACCAUGAACUUCGGGAGUGUCAUGAAUGAUUCCCUGGGCGAGUGCACCAAAGAGACGGCGUUUGAGAUUCUCGACUACUUUUAUAAGCAGGGAGGCAACUUCCUUGACACAGCCUCGAGCUAUCAGGGAGAAGAGUCGGAGAAAUGGCUAGGCGAAUGGCUGUCUAAAACCGGGCGACGCGACGAGUUCCAAUCCAACUUUGGCGGCAAUGGUAGCAAGAGCUUGCACUUGUCCGUGGAAGCGAGCCUCAAGAAACUCCAGACUACGUACAUCGACCUCCUGUACCUCCACUUCUGGGACAUGACAACAGACAUACCCGAGAUUAUGCAGUCUCUCAAUCACUUGGUUUCUUCAGGCAAAGUCCUGUACCUAGGCAUCUCGGAUACGCCAGCUUGGAUCGUGGUCAAGUGUAACGAAUACGCGAGACAACACGGACUCAGGCAAUUUUCAGUAUAUCAGGGUCGGUGGUCCGCAGCUGAUCGGGAUUUUGAGCGAGACAUCAUCCCCAUGUGUCGAGCUGAAGGAAUGGGCCUUGCACCAUGGGGGACGCUUGGCCGUGGUCUGUUCAAGCCCAAGGACCAGAUCAAAGUGGGUGGUCGAAACAUGCCUUCGAUGAAUAACGGCCGCGAAGUUCUUGUAUCGGAGAAGCUGGAGGAGAUUGCCAAUGAUAAGGGGGCUCCAAUCACCUCGGUUGCUCUGGCGUACGUGUUACACAAAUCGCCGUAUGUCUUUCCCAUCUUGGGCGGUCGAAAGCUCGACCAUGUUCGGGGCAACAUCGAAGCCCUCGGUCUGCGUUUGACGAGUCAGGAUAUUGAGGAUAUUGAAACGGCCUACCCGUUUGAUGUCGGCUUUCCUCACAACUUUUUGAGCGGAAACACAAAUCGUGGACCGAGAGGACCUGGAGAUGUUCGCACGGCCAAUGUGCGAGGGCUGUUUGACUAUGUCGACGACAUCCACCCUAUUCUACCUUCUCUUGAAGACUGA